AUGGGUUUCCUCGACAAGUUGAAAGAGAAGAUGGACGAUUUGUUGGACGAUGACAAGAACAAGCCACACGACCAGACUCGUGGCCAGUCCGAUUCCUACUACGGCCAGCAAGGUCAUCAAGGCUACGGUGGAGGUCCGCCGCCACCACCUCAAGGUCAUGGUCCGCCACCGGGUGGCCCGCAGCUCCCUCCAGGAUGGACCCAACAGUGGGACCAGAACUCGAACCGCUGGUACUACGUCGAGCAAGCGACCGGUAGAACCCAGUGGGACCCGCCCGCCUUCUCACCUGGUCCGGGAUAUGGUGCCCCACCGCCAGGCGCUCCCUACGGUCACGAUCAGUCGCGCGGUGCUUUCAGUCCUCCCCCUCAGCAAGGUUAUGGCUAUCCGCAGCAAGGCUAUCCUCAGCAGGGCUACGGUCAUCCUCCCGGGCCUGGAUACCCUCAAGGUCAAUACCUCACCGAAGAAGAGCAGAAGAAGAAGGGUAUGAACCCCAUGGUUGCCGGUCUAGGAGGAGCCGCUCUCGGUGCAGCUGGUGGUGCUUGGAUCGCGCAUGAGAUGACCGAAGACGAUAACAACAACACCGUCACUAGUACCACGUACGCAUCGGCACCACCUCCCGGUGGCGACCCGUACGGUUAUGGUGCCGGUUCAGGCAUUGCGCCGCCGCCCCCCGAGGCUGAUCCGAACCUGUCAGGCAGCGACCGCGAGUCUAUCGGUGAAGCAGGCGACGAUGUUCGUGACGCUCAACAGGAAUACAACGAGGCUCUGGCGAGUGGUAGCUCUUCCGACAUCGAGGAAGCGCGAGAGGAUUUGGCCGAGGCUCAUGAAGAUAAGUCACUUCCCAUGCGGGUUGAGUAA